AUGGCCAGGGUCGCCGUGAGCCUCAGCCAAGAAAGAGCGGCAUCAGGUGGCGGGUCCAACAGGAAUGCCAUCAAGUGCUGGAAACAGGACUAUGAAGCCCUGAGGCAGCAGUGCCUGCAGACUGGCACACUGCUCAAGCAUGAAGAAUUCCCAGCCUGUCCUUCUGCUCUGGGCUACUGGGAUCUGGGACCAUUUUCCUUCAAAACUCAAGGGAUGAACRCUUCAGUCUGGAAGCGUCCCAUGGAGUUAUGUGCCAGCCCUCAGUUUAUAAUUGGAGGAGCUACCCGAACAGAUGUCUGCCAAGGAGAGCUGGGUGAUUGCUGGCUCCUAGCUGCCAUUGCAUCCCUCACUUUGAAUCCAGAUAUUCUGUUCCGUGUUGUUCCCAAGGCUCAGAGUUUCCAGAAGGAUUAUGCUGGAAUCUUUCAUUUCCAGUUCUGGCAGUAUGGGGAGUUGGAUGUGGUGGUGCCCACCAAGAGUGGGAGGCUGCCCUUCGUGCACUCGGAGGAAGGCAACGAGUUCUGUAGCGCACUGCUGGAGAAGGCCUAUGCCAAAUACAGGGCUGGGCAGGAGCUGCUGAAUGGCUCUUACGAAGCUCUAGCAGGAGGGUCCACUGUGGAGGGCUUUGAGGAYUUUACUGGGGGCAUUUCUGCGUGUGAGCUGCGGAGGGCUCCCUCCAACCUGUACCAGAUCAUCCAGAAGGCUCUGAGAGCAGGGUCRCUGCUCGGCUGCUCCACUGAUAUAACUGCUACAGCUGAAAUAGAAGCAAUCACAAGUCUGAAGCUGGUAAAAGGACAUGCUUACUCUAUCACUGGAGCAGAGGAGCCAGACUCUCGAGGACAGCCAGAGAAACUAGUGAGGCUUAGAAAUCCCUGGGGUGAAGUACAAUGGACUGGAUCUUGGAGUGAUAAUGCUCCUGAAUGGAAUUAUGUUGAUCCCAAACAAAAACAAGYUCUGGAUCAGCAAGUAGAUGAUGGAGAGUUUUGGAUGGCAUUUUCGGAUUUCCAAAGGCAGUUCAGCCGCCUGGAGAUCUGCAGCUUGGCUCCUGACACACUGACAAACAGCGAGGUCGAUAAAUGGGACCUAACUGUGUUUCAUGGACGGUGGAGACGGGGUUCAACUGCUGGGGAUUGCCAGAACUACCAAGCAACAUACUGGACCAAUCCCCAGUUUAAAAUUCAGCUGGAUGAGCCAGACRAUGACCAUGAAGGGAGUUUGAAGGAGCCAUGCUGUACCUUUGUGGCGGGCUUGAUACAAAAGAACCGCAGGAGACACAAGAGAAUGGGAGAAGGUCUGCUUAGUAUUGGUUUUUCUGUCUAUCAGAUAAACAUUGCUAAAAAUACAAUGAAGGGGAAAACCUACAGUAUUUCUCAGGAGAAAUCAGAGGCUACAAAUCYUAUGCAAUUAGGAGUUUUUGCUGAGAAACAGGUAAAUCACAGUGAGAUGAUGGGUGAUGAGGUGUCUGCAAAUCCAUCUGAGCCUCAUGUCGAUAACAAAGAUAUAGAUGAUGAGUUCAAGACUCUGUUCCAAAAGCUCUCUGGAGAGGACUGUGAGGUGACUGCGACUGAACUUCAAAGGAUCCUAAACCRGGUUUUGGUGAAGAAUAAGUGACGAAAGGAUGUUAAAAGUGAUGGAUUCAACAUCAACACUUGCAGCGAGAURAUCAGCCUUUUAGAUACGGAUGGGACCAGCACUUUGGGACUUGUAGAAUUCAAGACACUUUGGAUGAAGAUUCAGAAGUAUUUGGCAAUCUGUAAGAAAGUGGACAGCGACUUCUCCGGCAUCAUGGACUGCCACGGGAUGUGGAAUGCCCUCAGAGAGGCAGGUUUCAGGCUCCACAAUGAGGUGCAGCACAGCAUUGUCACGCACUACGCCUGCAGCACCAGGCUGACCAUGGACUUUGAUGGCUUUGUGGCUUGAAUGAUCCACCUGGAGACCCUGUUCAAAGUGUUCCAUCUCCUGGACAAAGACAAGAUUGGAGACAUCCAGAUYUCUCUGCCUGAGUGGCUGAUGGUCAAUCAAUUCAGCAGAGACCUCUGAGGCUCUUCUGRGCAUGAAACCUCUUGUUUGGCAUCUCCUUGUUGUGAAAAACAGAAAGAGAAGCUUGUUUUYAUUCCUGGCAAGUUACUUUAAGCCAAUAAAAAUGAU